AUGGCACCCUACUCAACUACUUUCUCCACUACUGACAACCUGAGGUUCACCGAAAAGGACAAAAUCAAGUUGAGGAAACCAAUUGUGGAAAAGAUGCGCAGAGACCGCAUCAAUGGCUGUAUUGAUCAGCUCAAAAAACUUCUAGAAAAGGAAUUCCUCAGUCAAGAUCCCAACACUAAGCUGGAAAAAGCAGACAUUCUGGAGAUGACUGUGAACUUCCUGAGACAACAGCAGCAGCAGCAAACAGCAUUCACCCAGAGGGAUUUUAAUGAAGGUUACUCUCAUUGCUGGAGAGAAUCUGUCCAUUUCCUCUCCAUCCACUCUAAAAGAGGAGCAUCUAUUCAGGACCUUCAGCAUUUCCAACACGUCCAGACAGCCAACUCAGGUUAUUCCUCUACACGGCCUGUUACCUCCAAAAAGGGCCCGGCUGCCCAGCAAGAUCUUGGGAGCAGGAGACUUGUCUGGAGACCUUGGUAA